CGCACAACACCCUUCCUCUUCAGAAAUAAAACAGUGAGAGAAUGAGCUGGAAGGCGGGCUGAAGUUAGAGACGGAGAGGCAGCUCAAACACGGACAUAUUCUGUUCACGAAGCACAUUUACAUGGAAACAACAGGGCAGACACUUGGAGGCGAAACCGCUGCACCGAUGACAGCCAUACCAGAUUCAGAUAACUCGGAGGAUUGUGAGCCCUCGGAGGCCAUGAACAUGGUACACCCAGACAACCCAGAGAACUCUGAAAUCACAGCCCUUCAAGAAGACCGAUCGGUGGAGUGGGCGCCUGAGAAGUCACCAGACAGUCCUGCAAACAUGGAGCUGGAAAGCUCUCCUAAAGACGUUUCAGAGGACGCAGAUGCCAGUCCUGAAGCCAGUGGAGAUGCCACCGCAGGUCUGUCCCAAGCAGAACACUUUGACGUUCCUUUUCCUGCAGAGUAUGAGAAAUUCUGGAAAGUGGUGGAAGAGAACCCGCAGGAUUUCACCGGAUGGACCUACCUACUGCAGUACGUGGAACAAGAGAAUCACCUUGUGGCGUCCAGGAAAGCGUUUGAUGCCUUCUUUUCACGCUAUCCGUACUGCUACGGCUAUUGGAAGAAAUAUGCUGACCUUGAGAAGCGACACGGCAACAUAAAAAGAGCUGAGGAGGCUUACCGGCAAGGACUCCAGGAGAUCCCUCUCAGCGUUGACCUCUGGAUUCAUUACAUCAACUUCUUGAAGGAAUCGUUGGACCCCAGUGAACCAGAAACAGAAAGCCAGUUACGAUCCGCUUACGAACACGCGGUGCUUGCAGCAGGAACGGACUUCCGCUCGGACAGGCUCUGGGAGGCAUACAUCAACUGGGAGACGGAGCUGGGAAACUUGAGGGAGGUUACUGCCGUCUACGAUCGCCUUCUCGGGAUCCCUACACAGCUCUACAGUCACCACUUCCAGAGAUUCAGAGAACAUAUACAGAACAACUUGCCAAAACAGUUCCUGUCGGUAGAUGAAUUUGUCAAACUGCGCAGAGAGCUGGCCAGUGUGAAUGGGCAUGGGGGAGAGGAUGCUUCACCGGAAGACGACAUCCCCCCUGGUAUAGAGGACAUCACCGAUCCUGCAAAGCUUAUCACAGAAAUAGAAAACAUGCGUCACAGAGUUAUUGAGUCCCGGCAGGAGGUUUUCAACCACAAUGAGCAUGAAGUCAGCAAGCGGUGGACGUUUGAGGAAGGGAUUAAGCGCCCUUACUUCCACGUAAAGCCCCUGGAAAAAGCCCAGCUGAACAACUGGAAGGAGUACCUGGAUUUUGAGAUUGAGAAUGGGACCCCUGAACGUGCGGCUGUUCUGUUUGAGAGGUGCCUAGUAGCCUGUGCCCUGUAUGAGGAAUUCUGGGUCAAGUAUGCCAAGUACUUGGAGAACCACAGUAUUGAAGGAGUAAGGCAUGUCUACAUGAAAGCAUGCACUGUACAUCUGCCGAAGAAACCUACGGUUCACUUACUCUGGUCUGCCUUUGAAGAGCAGCAAGGAAACAUAGAAGAAGCGAGAGGGAUCCUGAAGACCUUUGAAGAGACCGUGCAUGGGCUGGCCAUGGUCCGUUUACGAAGAGUGAGCCUGGAGCGGCGCCAUGGAAACCUGGAGGAGGCGGAGUCCUUGCUGCGGGAAGCCAUCAAGAACGGCAAAACGGCGAGCGUGUCCUCCUUCUACUCCAUCAAGCUGGCCCGCCUGCUCUUCAAAGUGCAGAAGAGCUUGCAGAGAGCCAGGGAGGUGCUGCUGGAGGCCAUCGAGAGAGAUGAGAGCCCCAAGCUCUACCUUAACCUGCUGGAAAUCGAGUUCAGCGGUGACCUGAAACUAAACGAAGAGCACAUCCUCUCCUGCUUCGAUAGAGCAGUCAACAGUUCCCUGCCCGUGGAGACCAGAAUAUCCUUUUCUCAGAGGAAGGUGGAAUUUCUUGAAGACUUUGGCUUUGAUGUCACCAGGCUUAUGACUGCAUAUGAUGAACAUCAAAGUCUGCUAAAGAAACAUGAUUCUUUGAAAAGAAAAGCUGAAAACGGUGCCCAAGAGCCAGAGGAGAAGAAGCAGCGUGCAGAAGAUACCACGGUGGAAACUGGACAGAUGAUGGGAGGUGACAUGCAAGCCAAUCAGUCUGCAUACAACUACAGCAGCUGGUACCAGUACAACUACCAGAAUCCAUGGAGUUACGGACAGUACUACCCACCCCCUCCGACAUGAUCUAAAUUCAAGAGGACUGAUGCAUUCAACGUGUCUUUCAUGUUUUUUCACUUCGAGCUGUAAUGAGACACUGAUAUGACAUCAGGGAUAUGAACUACAGGAAAGGUGUUGAGAGUAUUCCAAGGUUUCUUAACUUAUUAAUGUAUGAAGUUAUUUUUCUAUUCUGCACACCAGCUUCUAUAGUUAGUAUUUCAGGAACUUUGAAAUCCCUCAUAUAUAUUUUGUUUUCUCUCCAAGCUUACCUGUAGAUUUCAUCAUUUGUUUUCCAUGAAGUUUAAGCAUGUUUUCUUCAAUAAAAUAAAAUGUUAAUGAGGGUUUUUUGUUUUUUUACUGUGACUUGAUGGUUCUUUAAUUUCAUAAUAAAAAUGAAAUGAUGGUUAUCUUCAA